GCGUGCAUAGCCGCAGAGCACCGGCCGGCCCGGAAGAGGCGGCUCCAAAGCUGGUCCUCAAAGCCGCCGCCGCCGCAGGCUGGGUGCUCGCAGCCGCAGCCCAAGAUGCGCACCGACGAGUACAUGAGCCCCUGCUGGGAGGACUCGUACAACCCGUCUGGCGCCUGGUCCAGUCCCGAGCUGAACGCGCCGCCUCGGGGCCCCCACCAGAACCUGAUGCGCUGGAUGUUUCUGGUGCUCAGCGCGCUGCUCACAGCGGCGAGCGUCGCCUUGCUUGCCAUGGCCCUGAUCCAGCCGAGUGGUUCGGGUCACCACCACAGGGCCCACUCUUCGCACCACACCGGCUCGCCGGGGCGUGGUGCCAAGAACCACAAAGAGAGCCCUGGCACGUUGGUGGAAAAAAACGCAGCCUUGUACAACCAGGGAAUCGUGGUCAAUGCGCCCAGCCACCGCAUCGUGGCGGGCCAACGCGAAAGCAAGACGCAUGGAAAUCCCAACGCCCGCAUGGCGUCUCCGUUCCGCCGGAGAUAUGACGCAGCAAAUCACCAGACGGAAAUACACUGCUUCUACAACAACAAAGCACCAGAGCACCCGCUGUCGUUCUCACCCAGCGACAUACCAGUGGGACUGUGUUCUUCGGCGAUUUACUGCUGCCUCGGUCCAACAAGUGACGGCUCCAACCUCACUUUUCUCAACAUUGAUCCCAGUACUGGGCCGCAUGAUCUCGAAACGUUCAGCUCAGUUGUGCAUGGUCUGGACCCAUCCAUGCGACGCUUCAUCGCCAUCGGUGGACCCCGCUUAAACUACGCGCACCUGGCGCGGGCGCUACAUGAUUCCGCCUCGAGGGCUGAAUUCGCAAAAAGUAUCAUGGGAUGGCUGCAGCGUCCCUACCUUCAAGCGUUCGGGCUCGUCCUGCAUGUACUCCAACCGGAAAAAAUGACCCGGCACCGUCUGCUUGACACCUUCGUCCUGGAACUGUCGGACAUGCUCAAGUCCAGGACGUUUAUGCUCACCCUGCCACUCAGCGGCGACGUGGAGAGCAGGUACUUUCACCCGCUGGCGUAUAAGAACGUAAAUUCUUUCAUCAAGAUGUCUCAUCGCUUUGGCACACCCACCAUCGGCAGCUGUCCCAACCCAGUUCGUGGACUGCGGGUGCACUCGCUGCAGAAGGUGAUCAGGGAUGUGAAGGCAAUGUACAACAACCAGUGGGAUGAAGGCAUCAAAGAGAAGACUCUUUUCACGGUUUCCCUGGCCGGCUACAUCUACUGGGUGAGGAAUGGCUCCCUCACCGGCUUGACUAAAGGCCGUGUCGAGAAGCACGCGCUCUCCGGUUACUGGGACAUCUGCCGCAAGGUGGACGACGCCAGCUGGAACCACAAAUACAUCAGGGAGACCGGCUGUCUCACAGCUUGGUCUGGUCGCAACUACGUCUCGUCCCUUUCGCCAAAGUCGUUCAAGUUCCUUGACGGCAAGCGAGAGAUAAAGGGUGUGGUGGUGUUCGACAUCGAGAAGGACGACUUCAAGGGCAUGUGCGGUGACCCCUACCCUAUGCUCAGAGCGCUCAAGGAAAGUCUUGCGAAAUAUAAGGGAGCGAAAUGACGCUAAAAGGCAUACGGAAUCGAAAAGAAUGGUUCAGAGUGGUUCUUUCGCUUUACGUUUUGCUGUCUAGUAAUUCAGCAUUGCUGAAAAACGCAUGCAGUCGCAAGGCUUUGUGUCUAUCAUAG